GAACAGAGCAUUCUUGGUGCUUCCAUCGGCAUCGUAUUUGUUUUGUGGGCCUGGAUUCUGUACCCUGUCAUCUGGCUGUUAUGAUGAGUCAUUUGUUCAACAUGUUCGUGAAGCAGGUUCAGGACUACUGUGGUUCUCUCAGUAUGCCUGAUUGUAAUAAGGUGUUGCUAGUUUAUGGGCUUACAAACCUUGCCAAAAUGGAGGAAGAGAGUCUGGACAAGAUGGAUCCUUACCAGAGAGGUGCAACAGAUAUUAUCUGGGAGUCUAUGAUGAAAGGUAGCUACAAGACGCCAUCAAACACAAAAGAACCCUUAGAUUACAGUUAUAUCUCUGGAAAUGGACCAAGCCCCAGUAGUGGAGGGAACACUUUGGGUUCUCAAGAGGAAGCGUCAACUAACGUGGAGCAGUACUUGACUGCCAUUCCUAAUGUGCCCAACAAGUAUGUUAUUGGCCCAAUGGUGGUUAGAGUUUUACCAGAUGGAAGGCCUGUACCAGGAGAUUCAGAAAGGCCUCUGCCUAAAGAUGAAGAUGCAGAAGAAUUCAAAUUGAUGCGAUCUAAACCAGCUCCAUCAGUUGAAGAACUGAUGAACAGAAGACCCUACCAGCAGGAACUUCGACCACCGAUGCAGCAGUCAGGCCCAUCUUACAAUGGUAGAUACCAGCAGUCAGUCUUGCCCAUCACCGAGACUCAGCAGCAGAAGAAGUCUUCUUCCGAAAUGCAGGCUGUGUAUGUACCUCCACCUAGCCAGUUCAGGAUACCAGCCCUGUAAACUUGUUAUUUCAACCUGAUUGUAGGCGUUCUCAGAAGUGAAAUAACUGACUAAGUGAUAAUCAUUUAGAAGUCCGAUGGAAAUACCGGCAGUUCAUUCUUAUAAGAAUGAAAUAUUUAUUGUAAUGAUGUCAGCAUUAUGAAUGAUUCUUUUUCACCUCAGCUGAAGUUUAAGAUUGCAGUAACUAUAAGGUAAUAGAGAAGUAAUUUAAUAAUGUUUAUAGGACUGAAGAGUGACUUUUAGUUCCAUAAAAGUUUAGUCUUGCAUUUUAAACAUACAGAAUAAACAUUGAUUAUAUUAAAAAACAUAAAACAUUUUCUAUUUCUGAUCAGUUUCUAAUAUAAUUUAAUGUGUUUAUUGGUGGCACUUAUAACAAUAUUUCUUCUCAUUUCUAAUACCUGAUCAGUUACUGAAUCAGGGAAAUCAUCAAUUUGUCAUUAUUAUUGUAACGUGGGUCGGCGUUGCGACGUGGAUUGUCAACCCUGAUUUAUUCGUGUCAAAUUAAAUCAGUUAUAGUGGUCUGCACAUACAGUCAAGUCUCUACAACAACAACACACUUCGUGUCUCUGUUCUCUGGUGUCAGAAGUCACAUUAUCAUUAUAAUAUCACAUUACAUUUUACAACCUGAGCCUUUGAGAAUAAAAUUAAAUAAGCACUAAUAUCCAAUGUAUGUCCCAUAAACAGUGAAAAGUUUAAGGCAGACAGUCAAGAUUUGCUAUUGGCUGGCUUCAGUGACGAAAAUUGUCGUCUUGGUUCCUGAAUUUCCUUAUUUAGGACAAAUAUCUGAAGAUUUUAUUACCAGACUUUUCAUCAGCAAAUGUAAUGUACUAAGCUGAAUAAAUAUACACUAUUAUUAGAGUUAGUAGUUAUUAUUCUACAUUAUGUUAAAAGUAAUUAAUCAAUUGACACAAUAUUAAGGCAUUAUCUCUUAUCUUCACUCAAGUACCACUGUAGCAUAUAAAUGUAGCCUCGUGACCGGCUUGCCCAAGUGCCAGAAAGCGUGCGUAAAGAACGGGUAAAAAAUUUAAGAGAAAUGAAUAAAGGAAUGAUGAGUAGCUUUUAUCAAUCUUUGUACUCCACUAAUGGAAUUGUUACAUGCAGUUUCUCAGAACCUCCAGGGAUAUAAUUUGUUUAUAUAUUUUUCUGUAGGAAUUUUGGGAAAAGGAAAGGGAAAAAAUUAAUCAUGUUUAGCUGUAACAUUUAAUAUAAAUCAGAGAGACUUUUUAAACAUUUAGGAAUCUGAUUUGUGUCUAUAAUUACUGCUUUAUAGUUUUUUCAGGUGAAUGCCACAACUUAAGAAACUGACUGAGUUUAUUACAUUCCACAAUGACGAUAAAAUACUCUUAUGCAAGAUGCAUUUUAGUAAGUGAAUAUUCUACAGAAGAACGUAUAAAGUAAGCAGUUUGUUGUUACUGAUGUUUUUCUAGGUUGUAAUGUCAUGUGGCCUUUUAGGUCACAAUCCAGAAGAACAGCAUCAACAUUUUCACCACCAUGAGAACUUCAAAUCUCACUAAGUUUGCUGUUUAUUUUUGUUGGCUAGAUUAAAGUACAUUGAAAGAUUAUUUGUAAAUCUUUACCAUUUAGAAGGAACAAUAAUUUAUGUAUGAUAUUGCAUAUUUUAAAAUUUGGCUAUGAAAGAAAGUCUUGUUCAUUACUGACAGUUUACUUUUGUGUUGUGUAUUUUUAAAUGUACCCAAAAUCUUGUCUUAAUUUCGAUGCAUUUCCUCUGAAUAGAACACCAGUCAUCAAUAACCUAUGAUAGUGGUUAGAAUAAUAUAAGUUCAGGGCUGGCUUUAGGCUACACAACUAGGGCUACUACCUGGGUUAAAAAUGGGAAGUGGAACACAGACUUAAGGAUGCACCAACAUGUUUCUGAAGACAACUUUUUAAUAUUGCAGUUCUUGAAUUACUGGGAGAGAGUAAUAUGUUUAGAUAUUGUGAUCAGUUUAAUUAAAAUUUACCAGUCAUGUAAAGUAGAAAUUGUUGCAAAAACUUAUGGAUGCAACCUAAAUACUGUAGUGAAUCGGAAGAUACUGUUGGAUGGGAAAAAGUAUUAACACAUGAAGCAAGAGACUCAUGUCGUUUCACAUUUUAAACACAAAUAAGCAAUUUAGAAUUGAUAAAACAUCUCAGCAACAAAUUAUGGUUAUUCCUAUAUGAAAUAAUGCUGUCCUAUUUAUAUUUUUAGCUCAGAUCCAAUCAUCUGUUCUUAACAUUGAUUAUGAAGGUGUGAUAGUUGCCUAACAGCACAAUAAGAGAAUUUUUCCAUCAUCUCUGAGUAAGAAAAGUGUCUUACAAGUAGAUAGUGACUAGAGAGAGGUGCUUGUGUUUUCCCAGGGUUUAGGCUGACCCUGCUUAGGCACAAUGGUGAUGACUUAUUUAUUUUUAAUUUUAAUUAAUUCUUUUUGUAUUAGAUGAUGCAUGCAUGAUGCCAUGUCAGAGACAGAUGUUCAGUAAUAUGAAUAAGUAUUCAGUGAAAAAAGUGUUCAGCAUUUUUGUAAAGGCCUUUUCCUCAGAAUACAUAAUGAAUGUUGAGGAACAAUUCACUGUUACUAGAAAUGAAUGACAUUUAUUUUUAUUUCAAUAAAGCACAGUAUAAAAAUAAAAUUCUAUUUCAGGUGUAUUACAUACCUGAAUUUAAAUUUGACACAUAAUUGUAAAUAUAUUUAUAUAUAUUUGUUAAAGUUUUAUCAUAUUUUUAGCACUAAAUAAUAUUUACUCUUCUAAUGUUUGGUCAUCAUUCCAUGUUAUUCAUAAAUGAGUUGUUUUUGUUAUAUAAAAUAAUUAUUUGCUAUGACACAAAAUGUACUUUGCCUGUUAAAUAUAGUUUUGUUUGAUGUAACUGCAUUUGUCUCCUUUGUCAAACUUGUAAGCAAACAUAAAAACUGAUCCAGUUUCCUUCUAAGUGGCAAGUCAAUGAUGUUUGGUUUCCAGAAAUUUGUAUGUGUUCUACACCCUGCUUUGUGUUUCCAUUGGUAUAUUCUCUUGCAGGCAAUGUCAAAUAAGAAUGAAGUAGGAGCCAUGUGUGUAAUUUAAUAUGAAACAUUCCAUACACUGAAAUAAAACAAAAAAUCACUGCUUA